AUGGGACCAGUUUCCAAAUGGAAGAAAUGGGGAUCACCCAAGAGUGAAGCAGAGAUCACAGAUUUGUUUGUAAGAUAUACUAAACAAGAGAUUGAUUCUACGCCUUGGUCGGAUACACCAUUAUUAGAAGAAAGUGAUUUGAUCUCAGAUACAAUCUUAAAGAUGAAUUCAAAAGGAUAUUGGAUGAUUUCUCCACAACCUGCUUGUGAUGAGAUAAUCAAUUUGUUGGGUUUGGACCAAUAG